GCAAAGUGUAACACUACAGAAAGAAAGGAAAUACCCUAAAUAUAUAUACAAUAAUAUAUACACACAUGUACUACUACAUAUUGUCCACAUAUGUGUGUAUGCAUACUUGUUGUUUGUGUGUGGUGUGAGUCAUGACGUUUCGGUAAACGGACGGCGUAGAAAUCAGUUAUAUUGUGCACAUAUAUAUAUAUUUAUAUAUAAAUUGCAUAAAGGGCGCAACGCGUGACUAAAAAAAGGAAAUUUCGUUGAAGUACGCCACGGCUUGUGAAGCAACAGUCGUCUGUAGAAAACAGAAAGAAAAAAACUGUAAACUGUAAACAAAGCUCUUGGCCAAACGGAUAGGUGGCGCCACUUUCGCUGCAGCAAGCAAAAAUAGAAAAGAAAAAGAAGAAAAAUGGUGGAUCGUCUUGUUAACUCGGAAUUGAACACCCGGCGCAUCGCCUCCGUCGAGAGUUGUUUUGGCAGCUCUGGCGUGCCACUUGCGAUACCCGGACGUGUUCUGGUCGGCGAAGGUGUUCUGACCAAAAUGUGCCGCAAACGUCCGAAAUCGCGGCAGUUCUUUCUAUUCAACGAUAUACUUGUCUAUGGCAACAUUGUGAUUGGCAAGAAGAAGUAUAACAAACAGCACAUAAUGCCCCUCGAAGAGGUCUCAUUGGACUCGAUAGCCGAUAAUCAACAAUAUCGCAAUGGCUGGUACAUACGCACCACCACGAAGUCUUUCGUCGUCUAUGCCGCAACCAGUACGGAGAAGCAGGAGUGGAUGGCCCAUAUCAAUAAAUGUGUCGAGGAUCUGUUGCGUAAGAGCGGCAAGAAGCCGCCUGGAAAUCAUGCGGCCGUUUGGGUGCCAGAUGCUGAGGCUAGCAUUUGCAUGCACUGCAAGAAGACACAGUUCACAUUUGUCCAGAGACGUCAUCAUUGCCGAAAUUGUGGCGCUGUCGUUUGUUCAGCUUGCUCCACCAAGAAGUUCCUCUUGCCCCAACAAACCGGCAAAGCGUUGAGGGUCUGUGAUGCUUGCUAUGACCGUUUGCGACACGCGCCCGAUCCAGAUGGGUCAGUGGAGCAGCGCGCCUCGAAACUGAACAUAAGUGGUGCGGCGGACAGCUCGAAUGACGAUGAUACCGAUGAGGAUUUGCCGGGAUCAGCUGAGGCGCAUGAUGAGCCGCGUUUUUAUGGCGACAACAGCAUGUCUUUGGCGGAUGAGCAAACGGUUAAUCAAUCAGCAAUUGCAACAACAACGCCACCUGCCACUGCCACACCCUCCGCCGCUGCCCCUGCUUCGAUCAAUUGCUGAGCUUGAAGCCACAAACGCUGUGUAUAACAGUCAUGGAAUAACAACAAAAAAACAAAAAAAA